AUGGGAGUGCGCCUGCUUUGGUCCUUGUUGAAAAACCCAAAUCCAGAUGUCCAGGCCAGUGCUGCAUGGGGCAUUUGUCCAUGCAUUGAAAAUGCAAAGGUACAGUACGUAACUUUUUUUUCCACUCACAGUUGCAAUACAUUUGUUUUAAUUAUUUAAUUAUAAUGACAAUUCUGCAUAACAACAAAUUUAACAAAUAUUACACUGUUAUAACACUACAUAAGUCUCAAGUUUGCCAUAAAAGUUGUCAUUGUUGUUCUAUUGCAGGUUUAUAUUUGUAUGUUGAUCAUUGCUGUAAUAUGUUUAUCGUGUUUGAAUCCCUCUCUCUGCCACUGUUAUAUCAUCAUGUCAGCCUCCACAAGACUCUCUCUCCUAAAAGAUGCACUAUGCAGAAAUCUCUUUGCCAUUUCCCGGUUGCAAAAAUUCUAGUUUGCCUAAUUUCAGUUUAUGUGAUAAAACAAGCAAGUAUAGUGUAGAGUAUAAUUGUACCAUCUAAACCGCUGUGAAAUAUAUUUUCCAUAACCAAAAAUAUUGUAUUUUCAGCUGCAUGAAGCUGGUGUACAAAACCGAAAGUAAAAGACGCAAAAACGAAACUUAAAAACGGGAAGCAUAGAAAUAUCACAGAUAGAACAGAUCUACCGCUUCUUAGACUUACUUUCAAUGAGAAUGAAGUUACAUAUUGCAGCUUUAAAGACAAUCUGGUGUUGGGAGGUUGCAGCAGGGGCAGCGCUUACAUGAACCCUCCACUAAUAUAAAGCAGAACACGCUGCUCUUUGUUGGUGAACUGGGAAACAGGCAGCAGGCAGGCAGGCAGGGAGAGACUUGGAAGAGUAAUAUCCUGUGGCAUAAGUUCUGAUUCCUCUGUUGAAAAUCCUCCAUCAACAUGCUCUGAGUUACAGUGUCACACAACCAGCAGCAGUUUCUUCUUACACAACAAGCAGGGUGCCAGACAGACAGGCCGUGUCUCCUGUGACCCCAUGCUGCAUAUUCAGCCUAGGCUGCUGAACAUACUUCUACUGUACAGUCCUCACGACAUUAGGGCCGACUGUAUAGCAUGCAUAUACUGUUUACAUUUACAUUUUAGUAGACACUCUUAUCCAGAGCGACUUACAGUUAGUGCAUACAUUAUUUCAUAUUUUUCAUACUGGCCCCCCGUGGGAAACGAACCCACAACCCUGGCGUUGCAAACGCCAUGCUCUACCAACUGAGCUACAUCCCUGCCGGCCAUUCCCUCCCCUACCCUGGACGACGCUGGGCCAAUUGUGCGCCGCCCCAUGGGUCUCCCGGUCGCGGCCGGCUACGACAGAGCCUGGAUUCGAACCAGGAUCUCUAGUGGCAACCGAUUGACAAGCUGUUUAUGUUAAUCAUGUCGAUAAUCUAAUAGAACAAUGUUCCAUUUGUAUUUUGGAAAAAAUAUACAACGGCCCGGGGAAUCAAACCCACUGACAGAUAUAUUUCAGCAGUUCUAUAUGAAUGCAAUAGACUGUUUGUGCAUUCCAAAUUGCACCAUGUUCCCUAAACAGUGCACUACUUUUGACCGGAGGGCCCAUAGGGCUCUGGUCAAAAGUAGUGCACUAUAUAGGGAAUAGGGUGCCAUAUGGGAUGCACAAACAGUCUAUUGCAUUCAUAUAGAACUGCUGAAGUAUAUCUGUCAGUGGGUUUGAUUCCCCGGGCCGUUGUAUAUUUUUUCCAAAAUACAAAUGGAACAUUGUUCUAUUAGAUUAUCGACAUGAUUAACAUAAACAGCUUGUCAAUCGGUUUAAGUUUAAACAGAUACAUUGGGUCCAGCUCAGGCAGGUGUCUCAGUCUCAGUUAGGGUGAGGGAGCUUUUCACUUGCUAGAAGGAACUUUUCUGGUCCAGAAGUGUUGCAAAAAUGAUAUAUGGCAACCAUAUGGUCCGGCCGCAGCUCAACUCACUAUUUGAACGCUAACAAAGUUUGACAAUGUUUGUCUGGACUCUACAGUGCCAAUUUUUGUAGGAAUACAUGAACAUGCUAUUUGGUUGAUUUCUGAGACAGGGUCAAUGACAAGAGCUAAACAGUGCAGGGUUUUGCCCGUCGAGGAGAGCGAGGGGAAUUCGAUACUGCUUGGUGUAGUAGUAGUUAUUUAGAUAAAACCCCCAUGUGGUUUUAGUUAGCAGCUCCACAGUGGAUUUUUGAGAGAAUCAUGGUGUAAAUGCAGCUGCUGGAUGCUCCAGUCCAGUCCAUACCUCUACUCGUCCUCAGACACACUUAGACACAUAGAGAAUUCAGAAACAGUACGCCCCACUACCGGCCUGCCUGGCUUGCCUGGCCAGCUCUGUGCUGUGAGUAAAGCCCCAGUCAUUAUUGCAUGCAGGCAGUCAGCAGGGGCUUUGCAGUGAAUCAGUAAAUUAGCUUUGUUCCCUCAAUCAAGGAUGUAACCUGCCCUGCUGUUCAUAUAAUGAAGUGCAUCAUUAAUUUGCCAGGACAUGGACAACUUGCGAUGAGUGAUGUAUUUUUUAUUUUACAUCGUAGCCUACCGUAUAGCAGCAUAUGAAAGUAGGAGCCUGAUUGCUUGCUGGAGAGGGUCAGGGCAAACUAGCCUGCUGCGCCACUUGGGCCGGCUUCCUUCCCUCUCCCUCGGUCUAGGCUACAGUGGCUUGCGAAAGUAUUCACCCCCCUUACCAUUUUUCCUAUUUUGUUGCCUUACAACCUGGAAUUAAAAUGGAUUUUGGGGGGGGGGGGAUUUGUAUCAUUUGAUUUACACAACAUGCCUACCACUUUGAAGAUGCAAAAUAUUUUGUCUUGUGACACAAACAAGAAAUAAGACAAAGAAAACUGAAAACUUGAGCGUGCAUAAUUAUUCACCCCCCCAAAGUCAAUACUUUGUAGAGCUAUCUUUUGCAGCAAUUACAGCUGCAAGUCUCUUGGGGUAUGUCUCUAUAAGCUUGGCACAUCUAGCCACUGGGAUUUUUGCCCAUUCUUCAAGGCAAAACUUCUCCAGCUCCUUCAAGUUGGAUGGGUUCCGCUGGUGUACAGCAAUCUUUAAGUCAUACCACAGAUUCUCAAUUGGAUUGAGGUCUGGGCUUUGACUAGACCAUUCCAAGACAUUUAAAUGUUUCCCUUUAAACCACUUGAGUGUUGCUUUAGCAGUAUGCUUAGGGUCAUUGUCCUGCUGGAAGGUGAGCCUCCGUCCCAGUCUCAAAUCUCUGGAAGACUGAAACAGGUUUCCCUCAAGAAUUUCCCUGUGUUUAGCGCCAUCCAUCAUUUCUUCAAUUCUGAUCAGUUUCCCAGUCCCUGCCGAUGAAAAACAUCCCCACAGCAUGAUGCUGCCACCACCAUGCUUCACUGUGGGGAUGGUGUUCUCGGGGAGAUGAGAGGUGUUGGGUUUGCGCCAGACAUAGCGUUUUCCUUGAUGGCUAAAAAGCUCAAUUUUAGUCUCAUCUGACCAGAGUACCUUCUUCCAUAUGUUUGGGGAGUCUCCCACAUGCCUUUUGGCGAACACCAAACAUGUUUGCUUAUUUUUUUCUUUAAGCAAUGGCUUUUUUCUGGCCACUCUUCUGUAAAGCCCAGCUCUGUGGAGUGUACGGCCUAAAGUGGUCCUAUGGACAGAUAUAGUAUGAAAAAUGUAUGCACUCACUAACUGUAAGUCGCUCUGGAUAAGAGCGUCUGCUAAAUGACUAAAAUGUAAAUGUAAAUGUAAUACUCCAAUCCCCGCUGUGGAGCUUUGCAGUUCCUUCAGGGUUAUCUUUGGUCUCUUUGUUGCCUCUCUGAUUAAUGCCUCCUUGCCUGGUCCAUGAGUUUUCGUGGGCGGCCCUCUCAUGGCAGGUGUGUUGUGGUGCCAUAUUCUUUCAAUUUUUUAAUAAUGGAUUUAAUGGUGCUCCAUGGGAUGUUAAAAGUUUCAGAUAUUUUUUUAUAACCCAACCCUGAUCUGUACUUCUCCACAACUUUGUCCCUGACCUGUUUGGAGAGCUCCUUGGUCUUCAUGGUGCCGCUUGCUUGGUGGUGCCCCUUGCUUAGUGGUGUUGCAGACUCUGGGGCCUUUCAGAACAGGUGUAUAUAUACUGAGAUCAUGUGACACUUAGAUUGCACACAGGUGGACUUUAUUUAACUAAUUAUGUGACUUCUGAAGGUAAUUGGUUGCACCAGAUCUUAUUUAGGGGCUUCAUAGCAAAGGGGGUGAAUACAUAUGCACGCACCACUUUUUUGUUAUUCUUUUAAUUUUUUAUUUUGAAAAAGUUCUUUUUUUCAUUUUACUUCACCAAUUUGGACUAUUUUGUAUGUCCAUUACAUGAAAUCCAAAUAAAAAUCCAUUUCAAUUACAGGUUGUAAUGCAACAAAAUAGGAAAAACGCCAAGGGGGAUGAAUACUUUUGCAAGGCACUGUACAUCACGCACACCGACCAGAUAAUGUGUUUUCUAUUUAAUUUAAUCUUUGGGGAAAAGGGACAGCAGGAUAGCAGGGGCCUUACGUGUGUAGCUUCAUAAUGCUGCGGUUUUCAGGGAUCUGGGGUUCUGUCCAGGCCAUGAAAGGGAUCCUCACUAGUCUGUCACAGCUGGUGGCUUGAGAAGCACUUCCUCUGUCGCUGGUGAGUCGUGGCAUCAUCAGUAUUCCUUAGGAAAUGCUUCCUGUGCUGUGUGUUGGGGCAGAGCGGAGCAGGGGGUCAGCUCCUGGCUCUGGCUCUGGCUCUGGCCCGGCACACACUGUUCAUCCUCUGGCACCACAUCUGAGGGGAGCAGAGAGAGAAACACCACCAUGUCCUGUCCAGCUCUCUUGAGUCCUGGUCUGUCAGAGCUAGAAGGCUCCAUUCAAUACUCCUCCCUGCCUGCACUCCUGUCCCUUGUUAAAUAGGCCACUCACAUUGAGGCUCGUGUGAUUGUGGUUAACCAGUGUGCUCAUUGCUUUAUUUAUCCUUUAUUUAACGAGUUGAGUCCCAUUGAGAUGCAAAUCUCUUUUAAAAGUGAGCCCUUGGCUUGGUACAAUCCCCACACAACCUUCAAAGGGAGGGGGUUAUGAUUAAUCACCCAGACAAUAAUGUCUACGGACAGAAAUCUAAGAGACAUGCUAUAUUAAAUCCUCAAUGUCGUAGAUGGAGAGAUAAUGUUGAUGGAGAUGUAGAUGGAGCAUGCUUUGUGACGAUUUGCAUUCUGCCAUCUCUAAUUAUACACUUUCCAUAAUCUUGGUUUACUAUUUUCAUAUUACUGGAGACAUUACAGGCUGGCAGUAGCUAUGUAUGCUACCUUCAUACUCAGUGGUGGAAAAAGUAAAGAUACCUUAAUAGAAAAUGACUCAAGUAAAAGUAAAAUUCACCCAGUAAAAUUCUACUUGAAUAAAAGUCUAAAAGUAUUUGGUUUAAAAUAUACUUAAGUAUCAAAAGUAAAUGUAAUUGCUAAAAUAUACUUAAGUAUCAAAAGUGAAAGUAUAAAUCAUUUCAAAUUCCUUAUAUUAAGCAAACCAGAUGGCACCAUUUUCUUGUUUUUUUAUUUACGGAAUGCCAGGGGCACACUCCAACACUCAGACAUAAUUUACAAACGAAGCAUGUGAGUUUAGUGAGUCCGACAGAUCAGAGGCAGUAGGGAUGACCAGGGAUGUUCGGUUGAUAAGUGUGUGAAUUGGACUAGUUUCCUGUCCUGCUAAGCAUUCAAAAUGUAACGAGUACGUUUGGGUGUCAAAGAAAAUGUAUGGAGUAAAAAGUACAAUAUUCUCUUAAGGAAUGUAAUGAAGUAAAAGUAAAAGUAGUCAAAAAUAUAAAUAGUAAAGUACAGAUACCCAAAAAUAUGACUUAAGUAGUACUUUAAAGUAUUUUUACUUAAGUACUUUACACCACUGUUGAUACUGUAUAUUUCCCCCUUUGGUGGCGAUUAUGUUGAGGUAUGAUUUCAAAAGCGUCCUGAUCUGCCAAGCCUCAAUGAAGGCCGCGUAUGUGUCCGCUCUCUUCCGAGGUGGUUCUGAGAGAGGCUCACCAGCAGCGUAGCCCCAUAAGUGUCUGAGAGUUCUGUGGUAUCAGCUAGCCCACUGGUGCCCAUGAACUCAAACCAGGGUCUAUGGUGCCAGCUUGGCCUGAACGAUCAGGGAAACACACUGACUCCUUCAGUUCCUCCGUGACUGACUCCGGUCCCUUGUUCCUCUGAACAGUGUAGGCUACAUGGAAAGGUCAUUAGAUACAGAUGUACUAUCUUAAUUUGACCAGUUUCUCACAGCAGGAAAAUAAUCCUGCAGCAACAGGAAAUGUGAACUAUUAUGUGGAUUAUAAUUAAUGGACAUUUUUGUAGGGGUUGAUACAUUUUUUGGUAGGAUAAAUCAAAUCUGACAUUUUAAAGUGGAAAUUACAAACUUUAGAAGCCUGUUUAAACCUUGAAUACACUGCAAUUAGCAUUUCCUGCUGAAAAUUCUCUGCAACAACAGAGUGAUCAAAUGAAGAUAGAACUUCUGUAGGCAUUCUGUUGAGUAUUAGUGUUGUGAACAGUGUUGGCCUAACCUACAUUGAGGGGUAGAAAAGGGAGUCCAAAUAACUCCUCAUCCAAAUGGAUAGGCUGACAUUAGAUAGGUCUGCUGUAGAAGUAUUAGUUUCCCUUGGCCCUCGUAUUACUUGGCAAGAAAUCCCCAAAAACUUACCCUGUUGAUUUCUGUAAAUGGCUUUUUAUAACAAACAGAACCUAUCUCACCUAUUUGGCGUGCUUGAUGUGGAAUAGCUACUGGCACACCACACAGCCUAUCCGUAUUGACAAUGGCCCUUUCCAUAGAGCGGAAGCAGGACAGAACCAUGGCUACUCACAUUACCUCCGAUUGGGCUGACUGGCACUGAUGGGGUUUUGAUUGUUGCUAAGGCUGAUGAAAAGGCUUUUUAUUUUUCCUUAGCAUGUGUGUAUCUUUCAUUUUCUCUGCUCUGCUCAAAUGCCCCGGCUUGCCUCCCUGCCCAUUACACAGUAUUCUGCUCCCUUUAUUUCACAGAUUGAUAGCACCAAGCUAAUAACAGGCUUUUGACUUUUAGGAUGCAGGGGAAAUGGUGCGCUCCUUUGUCGGUGGAUUGGAACUGAUUGUUAAUUUGCUGAAAUCAACAAACAAAGAGGUACUGGCGAGCGUGUGCGCCGCCAUAGCCAAAAUAGCCGAAGACGAAGAGAAUCUGGCAGUCAUCACCGACCAUGGGGUUGUCCCAAUGCUGGCCAAGCUGACAAACACAGUAAGUACAUCUCAAUGUAGGAGGACAUAAAAUACCUAUAAUCCUUCUCAAUUAGCCUGUGUGUUUACUGGGAAUAUUCAGUCCUGUUAUAAAUUGACUAUCCAUUAUAUCAUCAUAAAUUAACUUAAUAGUUCUCAGAUCCCUGUAAUGUUUGAAGGAAGCUCUAUUGAGUAGUAUUCAUAGUUUAGGCCCUGGUCAAAAGUAGUGCACUAUAUAGGGAAUAGGGUACCAUUUGAGACGCACCCAUAGAUGUCUGAUGUCUUGUUCUCUCUGUAUUACAGACUGAUGAUAAGCUGCGUCAUUACCUGGCUGAGGCCAUCGCCCGCUGCUGCAUGUGGGGCAGUAACAGGGUGUCGUUUGGGGAGGGCGGGGCCGUGGCCCCCCUCGUUCGUUACCUGAAGUCCAAGGACUCCUCGGUCCACCAGGCCACAGCUCAGGCCCUGUUCCAGCUCUCCAAGAACCCCAUCAACUGCAUCACCAUGCACGAGAACGAAGUGGUCAAGGUAUGUUUGUUGGCCCCUGAUGUUUUCGUUCACUUCUUUGCUCACAAGCACUUGUCCUUUCCAUACCUAGUGGUCAAGGUACUGUAUGUUCAUUGGCCCAUGCAAGUAUUUUCAUUAAUAUCUUUGCUCAUGAUCAUUUCCUCCAAGCAUUCUCCUCACACCUUCAUAGACUUACUUUACAUUUUUAUUUAUAUAAUUCCUUUAGAUUUUCAGUAUACUGUAGUUGCACAUAAAGUAAUUUUUUACAUUUUUAGUUGGUGUUUUGAGACAAAAUACUUCAUCAGCCUUGAUGAAAAAGGCUUGGAGCCCCAUCACUCUACUUUGUUUUAG